UCAUGCAAGACAAUAUAUUCGACUUUGUAAUUACAGUAUCUCAAUCAUAAAAGAAUGAAUAAACAGUCUAUUAUCAACUUAAGUAACUCUAAUUACCUAUUUGAUAGCUUCUUCAAUUAAAAAAAUCAACUAGUCUUCCAUAAUUAACAUAGAUAUUCAGAACUUAAAAAGUUUCAUCAAGCACUUGAGACUCUCAAAAUCACAUUACCUUCUUUUCCUGGCACUUAUUGGUGGAAAUCAGUUAAUUCAGAUCCUGAUUUGAUAGAAGAACGAAAACAAUAGCUAGAUGAAUAUUUCAAAAGUCUCACUUGCUCUAAAAUUGUUAGAGAUUCCUUAAUUUUUAAGAACUUCAUCUUAUCAGCAUAAAAAGAAGCUGAAAAACGUAUCCUUAAAGUAUUCAUCUUUUAUUUAUAUCAAAAAGGAAUAGAAAGAAAAGGCUAAGAAAGCUGAAGGCUAUGUUAAUUAAAACUAAAAGAAACUCAAAACUAUUAAAUAUUAAACACCUGCUGCCAAUCCAGUCAAUCUACCUCCUACUCCUGGGGAAUAAAAAGAAAGAUCAUAAUCUUUAGAACAUAAACCUUAAAGUAGUAAAAUUGAAAAAGAUAAUAAUAAAGGUAGCAAACAUUAAUCACCUGUAAUUAAUUAUUUAUAUUAAAUAUUAAUAGAUUCUUAAUUUCGGAGGAUCAAAAAUCUUUAGAGGCAUCUUAUCAAACGCUGCUAAAUAAUGACG